AUGUCAGCCGCAGCGAGCCAAAACACUGAUGAUGUCGGCUAUACCUUCUCCCACGGUAGCCGCAUCACUCACGGCUCAGGCGCAAACAUCAAGAAGCCCUUCGAUGAUAUCGACCUCACAAUGCACGAACUCUCACCUUCCAACGAGCGUGGUUUUCGCGGGCAGCUAGGAUUCAUCGAAUUCACGACAGACUACAGGCUACCUCGACAUAUCCACAUGUCAUCAGACCAGACGCGUCUUGUGGACGAACGUAUUAUGGUUCUAAACGGCGUAGCACCGCUGGAGAUAGCGGGGGAGUACUAUGCUGUAGCACCAGGAAGUCUUGUCGACACGGUUGGAGGCGUUCCGCAUACCUUCACAGCUUGCCCUGCUGGGGUGAAAUUGCCCGAUGGUACUGUCAGCAAUGGCAAGUUCACAAUGGUGUACGAGUAUGAGGAGCCCACGAGAUUCUUUCCUACUGUUUCGACCAAGGUUGUUAAAGAUGUGUCUGAGUACAAGGCAUGGGAGGGAGACCUGGAUGUCAUCAAGUUGCCGAAAAUGAACACUGAUCAGGUGGUAGCAAAAGCGCAUGUAAUUUUCGACAGACUGAAAUGCAAACUGAGUCUUGCUUGA